GUAAACAACAUGUCGGAAAUGUUUAAUUUUGAAGCUGUUGCAAAUCAAAGUGACGUCUAAAUUCCACAAUGAACGUUUUUGAGAAACUGCCUUGAUUGAAUUCUGCAUCUCUAUUAUCUAUUUUACAAGCCGAGACUGUGUAUAUAUAUAUAUAUAUAUACUGGUACAUCAAUAUAGCACAGAAUGUGUGACCACCACCAGUUGCGGACCCCGACCCCUGCUGGAAUCGUGGACCAUGUCGGAUCCCUGUCGGAUAAUCUAGGGGAGUUGGUGGACAGUUCAGAGUACAGUGAUCUUACGUUGAUCGUGGAGGGUACUCGCUUCCCGUCCCAUAAGGCCAUCCUGGCCGCGAGGUCUAUGUACUUCAGGGCGAUGCUGUUUGGAGGGAUGAAGGAGUCACUGCCUGGGACUACAGAGAUUGAACUGAAGGAUAUGUCCGCCACAGCAUUUUCUUAUUUACUGCGAUACAUGUAUACUAGUCGAAUCAACCUCCUCGACAUCAAGGAGGAGACGCUGUUGGAUAUAUUGGCCAUGUCUCAUAGAUAUGGAUUCUUGGAACUCGAAGGUUCCAUUUCAGAAUAUUUAAAGGCAAUUCUGAAUAAGACCAACGUGUGCAUGAUCUACGACUUGGCUAACGUGUACAGUCUCACGUCACUGUGCAACGUGUGCAAGGAGUUCAUCGACAGAAACGCACAGGACAUUCUCCAGAGUGAGGCCUUUCUGUCCCUUUCACAGUGUUCAGUGACCGACUUGAUUUCGAGAGAUUCGUUUUGUGCACCUGAAAUUGACAUUUUCAACACGGUGUGUAAGUGGGCGGAGCAAAACGUAGGCCAGGAUCCUACACCAAUCAUCAACGCUGUGCGUCUGCCGCUCAUGUCCCUGACUGAGUUACUGAACAGGGUCAGAUCCACCAAACUUGUGUCACCAGACGCCAUUUUGGACGCUAUUAAAAUACAAACCGAGUGUCGAGACAUGGAAUUAGAGUAUAGAGGGUUUCUUGUGCUGGAUGAAAAUGUGGCGUCAAGUCGACACUCGGCCCAGGUAAUCCGGGGCGAGAUGAAGGCCGCUCUACUGGAUGGAGAUAGCCAAAACUAUGACCUUGACCGAGGGUUCACACGACAUCCCAUCGAUGACAAUGAGGGUCAGGGUGUGGUCAUUCGACUCAGUCAACCCUACAUUGUCAAUGGUUUUAAGUUACUGCUGUGGGACCGAGAUAUGAGAUCCUACUCCUACUAUAUUGAGGUGUCGAUGGACGACAAGGACUAUGAGAGAGUUGUCGACCACUCUAAGUACCUGUGUCGGUCCUGGCAGACUAUGCAUUUCUCCCCUAAGGUAGUAAGAUUUAUUAGAAUAGUUGGAACACACAACACUGUGAACCGUGUCUUCCACAUUGUAGCGUUCGAAUGUUUCUACACACAGACACCAUUUAAACUGGAUCAGGGACUAAUAGUGCCCCAUGAGAACGUGGCCACCAUUGAAGCCAGUGCCUGUGUAAUUGAGGGCGUGAGUCGUAGUAGGAACACCCUUAUCAAUGGCGACACGCGAAACUACGACUGGGACUCGGGGUACACAUGUCAUCAGCUGGGCAGUGGGGCAAUCAUUGUUCAGCUCUCUCAACCGUACAUUGUCGACUCGAUGAGACUGCUUCUCUGGGACUGUGAUGACCGCAGUUAUAGUUACUAUAUAGAGGUCUCCACCGACCAAAGGAACUGGCAUAUGGUGGCCGACAAACACGAUGAGCCAUGCAAGUCAUGGCAACUCAUCAGAUUUGAAAAGAGACCUGUUGCAUUUAUCAAAAUAGUGGGAACUCACAACACAGCAAAUGAGGUGUUUCACUGCGUCCACUUCGAGUGUCCAGCUGAAGUGUCUGGAGCAAUGUCGUCAAUGUCCAUUCCGCGGGUCUUGGCUGGUGGUUUGACCAAUGAGAGUGGUCAGCAGAGCACGGCCAAUAGCCCCAGUCAGCAGACGCCAAGUUCCGAACAGUAUGCCAGUGCCGACUACUCUCCCCAGGAUGCCCCUGAGGCUGACCGCAUGGACGCCAACAGCAGUGACGAGUUGGAUGACUGACGUCCAACCGCAUGUCACGGCAUUCCACUCAACAGAUAUCAUAAUUGGUUGUUGUGCUUUCACUCUGUAGAUAAUUAAGUAACCAUCUGACCCAGAUCUAACAAUCAGGCCUUUGAUAAUGUCUGACCUUGACUCUUUCACUCUGAUAAUGCUUGACCUUGACCCUUAUAAUUCCUGACCUUGACCUGUUGUUGAACUGACCCUAAAACAGUGUCGAACAAUUCCGGGGGAUUACCAAAGGAAAUAAGAUUUUGAUAAAUCAUUAUCUUGAUCAUGUAUCUGUAUUAGAGUUUAUAUUGGUAUACAAAAAUAUAAAUUGACCUUGACCCGACCUAAACCCUGUAUCAAUGUCAAAAUAUGUAUAAGCGGGUUCCUAUAUAUAGCUACAAUGCAGUGGAUGAAGAUUUCAAUAAAUUUGAGGAGAAAACUUCACAUAUAUUUUUAUCCUAGUGUUAAGUUUGCAAAAUGUGAUAUCUUGUUCCAAAUUUUAUUAACCCAGAAUUAUUUUCAGAUAAAAUCUCCUUAAUCUAUACCUGAGACUUUUGGAAGUUUAUGAUAACUUUUCCCUUUACAUUUACUAAUAAUCAGCAAGAAGAAGCAAGGAAAAAUGUUAGAAAACUGGAUGAAAUACUGUGUACCCUGGUAUAUAUAUUAUCAGGAUUGACAAGCAUAUUGUACCUAAACAGUGAAAAUGCUAUAUUUAAACUGAUCAUAAAGCCAGGUUUGAAUAUAAUGAAACAUUUCUCAGAUAGCAAGAUAUUCAUUUCAGAAAAUUCACUACGAUGACUGCAAGUUAGAUAGCAAGUUUGAUGUUUGGAAAAUUGAUUUUCUGUUAGUAAUGGUAAAAGAUAUUGAAAAUACUUCAAAGGAAAGACAUACAUUUUUGUAUUUUUAACUAAGUGACAAUCAAAUUUAGUGG